UGUAGCUGGAUCUCUCCUUGGUAGACUAGUCCAUUCAUUUUCGUCUAAUAGCCUUUCUAAUAUAGAAAUCGAUAAGUAGAUUAAAGAGGACAAUGAGUCCGUUAAUGUUCAUAUGCAUAGUUUUCUUGCUAUGCAAUUCGGCUUUUGGAAAAACUGUGUCGGGAGUUUUCAAGAGUGAUUCAGCCAGAGAGCAGAAUGGACAGUACAUAACAAAAUUCAUGUAUCACGGGGGUCGUGGACUUCUGGUGUGCAGGUUGGAGAACGCUCCCUUAGCCGUGGAGAAGGAGGCUAAACUUCUGCUCUUCCCAGAGACAGAGGAAGGCUUCGAUAUUGACAACCUCAGUUGUCCUGAUCGCCUUUCUAAGGCCCAGCUCUCCAUCCAUCUGAGUGAGGAGGAGCACAACCAGAGCAUCCCUCACCAGUCUAGCCCCACGCUCUGGAUGGCCAUGUAUGCAGACCGUUACACCUGUGGGGAGGGGGGCAUCAUCCCUGCCCAAGGGGACCUGGCCUUCACUGUCCUGCUGUUCAACCCAGACUCUGCAGGAAACCCCUUGGAACACUUCAGUGCAGAGGAGUCAGGCCUUCAUAGUUUUUACUGUCUGCUGAUACUGGCCUAUUUCGUGGCGUCCUGUAUCUAUGUGCAGCCCCUGUGGAGAGCCCUGAGGAAGGGUGGGCCCAUGCAUACUGUGCUGAAGGUCCUCUCCACAGCCCUGGCUCUACAGGGGGUCUCUGCCCUCUUCAACUACAUCCACCUGGCCAGGUAUUCCAGGGAUGGAGAUGGCAUUCCCAUAAUGGGCAGUUUGGCCGAGUUCUGUGACAUGGUUUCCCAGGUGUCAAUGCUGUACAUGUUGCUGAGCCUGUGUAUGGGAUGGACACUAAGCAAGAACAGGAAACCCCAGAGCAGACCUCUCCAGUGGGACUCAUCCCCUGCCUCCAAAGCCCUCGCUAUGGGAGGGGUCGCCACGCAGGGGGCGCUGCUCCUGUGGGAGCAGUAUGAGGAGACGGAGCACCACAGCUACCAUGCCCAGCGCAGCACAGCGGGCGUGUUCCUCAUAGCGCUACGAAUCAUCCUGGCCCUGCUGCUGGCCUCUGUGCUCUACACCAUCAUCCGCACCGAGAGGAGCGCCCUCAAGAGAGACUUCUACCUCAGCUUUGCCAAGGGUUGCUUCAUCUGGUUCCUAUGCCACCCGGUCCUGGUUCUCCUCUCGGCCAUCUUCAACGAGCAUCAGAGAGAAAAGAUGGUGACGAUCGGUGUGAUCCUGUGCCAGGCUAUCUCAGUGGUGAUUCUCUACCAGCUCUUCCUGUCCCGUAGUUUAUACUGGGAAGUGUCCUCUCUCUCCUCCGUCUCACUGCCCCUCACCAUGUCCAGAGGGGCCCGGGGACGCUACUGAGCAUGUUCGGGGGGGGGGGACACAUUUAUUGUGACACACGCCGAGGGCAAAGAGACACACUGUGACACCGGCAGUUAAAGGGGCUAUAUGUCCUCUCUGCUCAAGCACAGAGAAGACGGCCCACCCAACCAAGGGGCGGAGAAAGAAGUGUGUGAAGACGAGGGAGAGAAGGAUGGGAUGAAGAGAAAGUAGGACGAUCGUCCAGUGUAGGAUCAGAUGUAGGAUAAAUGGCUGCCUGCCUGCUCAUAACUGGACUGCAGAUUUAUCUAAUACCUGUUUAGGUCAAGCUGUGUAUGAAAGGCUGUCCUUUCAAACUGAUGAGUGAAAUCUAACUCAAAGCGCACAUAUAAAGAUGUCAAAUAGACUAAUUUGUUAGUCUUUUACAGAUUAGUCUUAUUUACAGUUUCUGUCAGUAUGGUUGAUAAUGAAGUUUACAGGGUUGUGUUUAAUUUCUAGAUUGGGCUGGAUUUUCUGUCUCCUAAAUGUUCAGACAGAGUACUGUACAAGACUCAAGGUGUAAAAUGGAUUACAGCAAAGGUCACUGCAUCGUCGUAACACCCGCCAAGUCAUAUUUAUUGCAGAAAAAUAUAUUCCAACACCUACUCAAAAUCAAUUAAUUUACUCUUUGAUCCAUUUACAAAUGGAUCCAUAUUUUCUGUGGUAAAUCUCAAAGGAAUAAGUAUGAUUCUUCCUCUGAUCAUCAAUUACCAUUCAUGUUUAUGUUUUUUACAGAAUUGCCUCUAAAUGUUUCACUUUCUCAUUUUAGUGCCUGAACUGCUAUCAUUUUAAAAGGCCCAGUGCAGUCAUGAUUUGUUUUUUCUGGUGUUUAAUUUCCUGAUAGCGGUUGAUUGAAAAUUCAAUCUACACAGAUGCUUCUAAUUAGCAAGUUUUGCAUGGGUGGUGGAACAUAACCGAUGGAAUUCCAGAACAUUUGCCAACAUCUCAAAGUGUAGUCUCCAUGUCCCCACACAGACCACAAACAGGCAUUUGUUUUUAUUGGACCAUUUUAAUGGAAGCCUCAAAUGCUAAAGAGACUCAGUUGUUAACCAGAACAGAUUUGAUAUGGAUAUUAAAACCCCUGGGCCUUUAAUGUCAGGUUCAGGGUAUGCUGAAGCUAUUGCAGAAGACCCCGUGAACUCUCAGUGGAAUCUCUUUAUCCCCAGCACACAAACACUACAGCUAGACACAAAUGUGAGAAUUGCUACUAUUAUUGUGUAUAAUUAUUGCAUUAUACUUGAAUAUGAAUGCUCUUUACUGUUUUUUAUUGUUGUGUUUUUUUUUUUACAUUGGAGCAACUAGAUAUGUGAAAUGUUAAAUGCAGCUCUAGUUCUUACUUCCUAACAAGUGCCUGAGAAGACAAUCACUACACUAGCAGUGUCAGGGUACUGGUGUUGCUCAGUAUGACUGCUAGAUUGGGUCUUACAUUACCUGUCAGACUGGUUACAUGUAAGAUAGAAGAGGUACUGUAGAAAAAGAGAAGUGACUGUUUUAUGUUCCUAUAAAGCAUGUUAUAGGGCCGUUUCAAUGAAAUACUGUAUAUCGAAAUAAACCUUUAAAAGCUACAUGUGUAAGAUUUUUACUGUAAUACAAACAGGAUAAAUGCAACCAUAAACGACCAGAUGACAGCUGCUAUUAAUGUUUUAUGUUUCAAAUACUUCAGAUAUUCACUGUUGGACUAGUUAAUCCACCUUGGACUAGUUAACACUAUUCCAGUCCCAUUUGGUAAGGGAAGAGGAGACAAGUCGUGUUGUUUAAAUUCAGUCUUGUGAACAUAAUAGGCAGGAUUUUACAUCCUGCAUGUCAAUUAUGGAUUUAUUAUUUUUAGAUAUAGCAAUCAAUGAUUGUUUUUGCAUGUGGCACAAAUCAGAUUUCCAUUUCAAGGAAAUUUAAACCAAACAUAUAUGUUUAGCCCCCAAUACUUUUUGAGAAACAAAAAAUAUAAACAUUUGUUGUGGGUCAAGAAAGACUUGAAGAAUCAUCACAAAUUCUGUAAAAAAAAAUAAAAUGAGAAAGAGACAUUUCCUCAUGUUUACCCACAAAUAGACAUUGUGAUUGUCUCAAUGUAAUGAUGUUUUUGAAAUCUAAUUGUGAAGUUAGAGUUGUAAUCAAUCACUUCUAUAAUAUUUGUUCUGUCCCCAGGGGGCAGCAGUUCCCUUGAUCUGUUACAGUUGUUGAAGUCGACAAUGCAAUGCUCAAAGUGCCUUCAUUCUCACUCAUCACUCAGUUAAAACAUGACGCAUCCUGUAGAUAAAUUGCUCUACAAUCAAAUAAAUAAUCAUGAUAAUAAGACUGAGACCGAGGUCUCUUUUACAGCUGGGCCCUGGGGUACAUGUUUACACAUACAGUUAAGGUUCAAUGAUUAAAAACAAUCACACAAAGAAAAAGCUUUAAACACAGGUGUUAUUCCCUCAAUGGCCUUAGGUUUUUGGUGGAUACUGGGCCUGGCGAGGUUUGCGAUGUCCCUUAGGUGUAGUCAACUUAACAAAUGAAGUGCACAACAUCAGGAAAGGAUAACUGGUACAGGCAUCGAAAGAAAUCCAACCUAAUUUGAGAUAUUUUGGAGAGGUUAGGUUUGAAGUCAAAACUGGAGUAAUACGUUUAACAAUCGUUUUCCUGUGCUUGAUGAUACCACGCCUUCCACAGAAUUCCAACCACUAUUAGAGCUUCACCCCUCACUAGCUUCUUCUGUAAGAACCAACACAGCAAGCGAUAGGCCAAAAUAAUAGUAUUUACUCUAAUCCCCAGACAUACAUUCUUCGCUCCUCAGUUCCAUAGGGCUGUUUAUCCAGGUGCUCCUGUACUGGUUUAAUCAGUGGGAUCCUAUGGACCAGACCAGGGUAUCCAUCGGGUCUUUUCAGGACAUUGGUUACCCACUGGGUUUAUUUCUGGCCAGAACCGUGUGGGCUGAGGGCAAUGAAUAAACACAGGACUUAUUUUCCUCCAAUCGACCCGUAAUUCCCUUCAUAGAAAUAGUCUAACUGGAAUGUUACUGAGGUAAAACUGUUGCUGUCAUUUCUUUUUUUUUUUACUUAACCAGCACGUGGUAAAAAUUCAGGCUGUAAUCUUCCAUUGCAGUUGUAACUUGUUCAAACAUUAUUUCUGUUAGAGAACGGGAAUUUCUACAUCUUCCAGAUCCAGGUCAGAAGAGUCUCUGUCAGUCACAGAAACCACAGCUCAGGCCAAACACUGUGGCCCACAUGUCGAGAGGCAAAACAAAUACAACCAAAUGUUCUUGAAAGGAAAAAAGCAAUAUAUGU